UGAGUGAACUACAACUACCACAGACACACUAAUGUUGGUGCGUGCAGGGAGCAGUAAGUGUUUUUUCGUCAGGCUUAUUUGUCGCUUCCGUUAGGUCGGGCUGUGAGUAUGCGGAACUCCCUGCUGGCUGAUGAUGAUGAAGGGGAUGUUGUGAAGGCAGGUUGUAACUGACCGAGCUACUCGUUCACCGAGCAGCAGAGAGAGGCGGACACGCGUCUCGCAUUUUUUGCAAACGCUGCCAGCCGCUUUUAAACGGAGCAGCUAGCCUUUCAGCAGCCGCCCCUCCUCGACGUCUCCAAUGAUAUACCGUAAACUAAACGAAAUAAGGCUGAAUUCAGGCGCACACCGUUGCAUCUCUCCCUGUGUGACCGAGGAGGGCACCUACCACCCAGGCCGUCAUCAGCAGCAGCUGGCUUCGCAGCGAGCAUUAGCGGCUAAUCGGCUAAUGUAAACAGGUUGCCAUUUAUGAGACAAAUCGGUCAAAUUGCUACUGUUAGCAGCUAGGCGGCUAGCUAGCUAAUCCAUCCGUGGCGUAGGAAACCGUGGAGCUAGCUGAGUGGAGGUCAGGCUUAGUCGAUUUUGUUGAAGCAUCACAAUGAUAACCAAGGCAGUGUGUUUCAACUUCACACUUCAACUUUCCCAAUUGUGAUGGAGAGGCACCACUGACUCAAGAGGGAACAUAUAUCCUGGAUGCCGUGACAUACAGGAAGUGGCCAAUCCAAGAUGGAGAAAAAGAAAAUGUGCCCUCGCCUUCUCGACUACUUGGUAGUAGUUGGAGCAAGGCAACCAAGUAGUGACAGUGUGGCCCAGACACCUCAGCUCCUCCGCCGCUACCCGCUGGAGGAUCACCACGACUUCCCACUCCCACCAGAUGUGGUGUUUUUCUGCCAACCAGAGGGCUGCCUGAGCAUACGCCAGCGUAGGGUUAGCCUUCGCGACGACUCCUCGUUUGUUUUCACGCUGACCGACAAGGACUCAGGAAUCACCCGCUACGGAAUCUGUGUCAACUUCUACCGCUCUUUCCAGCGAGGACAUCACCGUCCUCGAGGGGACAAGAGCAGCCACACAGAGACAGCAGCACAGGCAGCUGAGACCGCUAGUGAAGGGUCUGAUGGCAGCGGUGGAGGCCCACCCUCCGCGUUACCUCCACCCAACAAUGCUGAGUCAGCCACUCCACCUGCCUCCGGAGAAGAGGGCGGACAACCAGGUGCCGAGCUAAAUGCCGGCAAAUCCCCACAGCACAGACGAAGCGCUGCUAAGAUGGCAGCCAGGAACCGCAAUAGCACGCUGACCUCACUGUGCAUACUCAGCCAUUACCCCUUUUUCUCCACCUUCAGGGAAUGCUUAUAUAUUCUCAAGAGGCUGGUGGACUGCUGCAGUCAGAGGCUAACACAGCGUGCUGGGCUCCCUCGUGCCACCCAGAGGGACAUGAUGUGGAGAGUUUUCACUGGAGCACUGUCGGUGGAAGAGAAAGGCAGCCAGCUGUUGGCCGACCUGCGGGAGAUUGAAUCCUGGGUGUAUCGCUUGUUGCGUUCACCAGUACCAGUGGCUGGUCAGAGACGUGUGGAUGUGGAAGUGUUGCCCCAUGAACUCAAACGGCCACUCACCUUCGCCCUGCCUGACAACUCCCGCUUCUCCAUGGUCGACUUCCCCUUGCACCUGCCCUUAGAGCUGCUGGGUGUUGAUGCCUGUCUUCAGGUCCUCAGCUGUGUACUGCUAGAGCACAAGGUAAUUCUUCAGUCCAGAGAUUACAAUGCUCUGUCUAUGAGUGUCAUGGCCUUUGUAGCCAUGAUCUACCCUCUGGAGUACAUGUUCCCUGUCAUACCUUUACUGCCAACAUGCAUGGCCUCGGCUGAACAGCUCCUUCUGGCCCCCACUCCCUACAUUAUAGGGGUACCAGCCAGUUUUUUCCUCUACAAAUCUGAUUUCAAAAUGCCAGACGAUGUGUGGCUUGUGGACCUUGACAGCAGCAAGGUUAUAGCACCCACCAAUGCAGAGCUGCUACCACCUCUUCCAGAGCCUGAAGCAGGCGAGCUUAAGAAACAUCUGAAACAGUGUCUGGUUAGGUUGACCGUGAUCACCCAAAAGCAGAUCUUCUCCUCUGAAAAUAAGGCCUUGGCCAGCAUGAGUUUGAACACCCAACCCAUUCUGAACCUGGAGAAGUUCCAGGAAGGUCAGGAGAUGCCCCUGCUCCCACCUGGACGAGACAAAGCCUCACCAUCUUCCACAGAGUUCAACCCUCUAAUUUACGGCAAUGACGUCGAUUCUGUGGAUGUAGCUACCAGGGUGGCCAUGGUACGAUUCUUCAACUCCCCAAAUGUUCUUCAGGGGUUCCAGAUGCACACUCGCACCUUGCGCCUCUUUCCUCGGCCAGUGGUGGCUUUCCAGUCUUCGUCUUUUCUUGCGUCUCGGCCGCGACGCUCUGGUUUUGCAGAUAAACUGUCUCACACCCAGGCUGUGGAGUUCUAUGGAGAGUGGGCUCUAAAUCCCACCAACCUUGCCUUUCAGAGAAUACAUAACAAUGUGUUUGACCCUUCCUUAAUUGGAGACAAGCCUAAGUGGUAUGCUCACCAGCUACAGCCAGUGGUUUACCGAGUGUACGAUGGAAGCUCCCAGCUGGUUGAAGCUAUGGCUGGUCCCUUGGAGGAUGAGGGCAACGAAUCUGACCCCACAGACAGUGGUAGUGACAGUGAGGCAUACGAUGACUCCAGCUCAUCCUAUUCCUCACUUGGUGACCUUGUGAGUGAGAUGAUCCAAGGUGACAUCCAGGGAGACACACCAAGCUUGGACCCUCCUACCCAUGCUGCGUUGGGAGAUGCCAGUGAGGUUGAGUUUCAAGACUUCCAUGACUUCAGGGAAGGUCAUGGCUCAGAGGGUCCGCCCAGUGGGGAGGGAUCUGCCGAACCUUCUGAUGGACAACCUCUUCGUUCAAGCUCCAGCACAACUGCAAGCUCAAGUCCCAGCACAAUCAUCCAGGGAGUCAACAAUGAGCAGGGGGAAGUACCUGAAAUUGAAGCAUCAGCAAGUGCUGCUUUACAGAACCCUGUCCCCGGAUUGGGCAAUCAGCCAUUUCUCAGGCCUACAGCUGAUGCGGGCCUGGUGGACCCAGCCAACAAAAAGCAAGAGUAUGACAACCCAUACUUUGAGCCUCAGUAUGGCUUCCCCUCAGAGGAUGAUCCUGAUGCAGAAGAGCAAGUGGAGUCAUACACCCCUCGAUUCAACCAGAACCUCAAUGGCAACAAGGCACAGCGUCCGUUACGUCCUAGUAGCCUGAGGCUCCCAGGAGAGUCUGAUGGGGAGGGAGACUCCCGCAACAGCUCGCCAAACUCCACCAUUUCCAACAGCAGCAAUGAUGGAUUUGGAGGACUCAUGUCCUUUGCCAGCAAUCUUUACAAGAACCACGGCACCAGUUUCAGUCUGUCCAAUCUCGCCCUCCCCAACAAGGCAGCGAGGGAGAAAUCAACUCCUUUCCCUAGCCUAAAAGGCGCGCGUGCACCACGAGCACUUGUGGACCAGAAGUCCUCAGUAAUCAAGCACAGUCCAACAGUGAAGAGAGAAUCUCCCUCUCCUCAGGGCCGAGUCAACAACACAAGUGAGAACCAGCAGUUCUUGAAGGAAGUGGUGCAGAGUGUUCUGGAUGGUCAGGGAGUCGGCUGGCUCAACAUGAAAAAAGUGCGCCGUCUCUUAGAGAACGAGCAGCUUCGUGUUUUUGUGCUGAGUAAGCUGAACAGAGCUGUCCAGUCGGAGGAAGACGCUAGACAGGAGAUCAUACGUGAUGUGGAGGUGAACAGAAAGGUGUACAAAGGCAUGCUGGACAUCUUGAAGUGCACAGUCUCCAGUCUGGAGCACUCUUACACUAACGCAGGCCUCGGAGGAAUGGCCAGUGUUUUCAGCUUGUUGGAAAUAGCACGCACACAUUAUCAAACCAAAGACCCAGAAAAACGCAAGCGAAGCCCUACAGACAGUGCUGGCAGCCCAGGGAGUAAAGAGAGUCCUUCUGGUCGUAUGGAGACUGCUAGACCUCAGGGGCUUCUGAAUAUUCCCCACCUGCAGCUGCCGCACCACACAACGGGCAAAGGAGCCCGGCAUUUUGAUACCCGGAGUCUGAACGAGGAGAACUUUAUUGCCUCGAUUGAAUUGUGGAGCAAGCACCAGGAUAAGCAAAAAGCUAUGGAAAAACCACAGAGGUCCGAAGGAGCAAAGCAGCAGCGCCCCCACGUGACUGAUGCAGAGGAAAAGAAGUCACAGAUCAGUGCUGACAGUGGCCUCAGUGUCACAUCUGGAUCUCAGAAGAGCGACACCGAGUCUGUAACAAGCUCGGAGCCACCGAUCCUGACCAGAAGCACCAGCCAGGACUCGGAGGCCAGCACAGUGAUAAGCAAUAGCUCUGGAGAGACUCUCGGAGCCGACAGUGACCUGAGCAGCACAGCAGGAGAUGGCCUUGGAGGGAGAACUGCUCCUCAUUUAACUCAGUCCAGAGGGACCCUGUCUGACAGUGAGAUUGAGACCAAUCCAGCCACCAGCUCAGUGUUUGGAAAGACCCACACUUUGAAACCCGGCGCAAAAGAUCAUGUACCUGUCAUGGCAAAGGGGCCGCCUGCACAGCCCAUGGAGGACAUCAGUAUGAGGAUUUACCUUUGUGAAGGCCUGCUGGGCCGUGAUAAGAGCUCCGUUUGGGAUCAACUAGAGGAUGCUGCCAUGGAAACCUUUUCUCUAAGUAAAGAACGUUCCACACUGUGGGACCAGGUGCAGUUCUGGGAGGAUGCCUUCUUAGAUGCUGUGAUGUUGGAGCGUGAGGGCAUGGGCAUGGACCAGGGACCUCAAGAGAUGAUCGAAAGAUAUCUGUCACUAGGAGAACAUGACCGCAAGCGUCUGGAGGAUGAUGAAGACAGACUUCUGGCCACCCUGCUGCACAAUAUGAUUGCAUACAUGCUAAUGAUGAAAGUGAACAAAAAUGACAUCAGGAAGAAAGUGAGGCGUUUGAUGGGAAAGUCCCAUAUUGGCCUUACAUACAGCCAAGAGAUCAAUGAGAUACUGGACAAACUGGCUAACAUGAAUGGUCGUGAGCUGUCCAUCAGGCCCAGUGGAAGCCGUCACAUCAAGAAGCAAACAUUUGUUGUUCAUGCUGGCACUGACACCACUGGAGACAUCUUUUUCAUGGAGGUUUGUGAUGACUGUAUAGUCCUGCGCAGCAACAUCGGCACAGUUUAUGAACGCUGGUGGUACGAGAAGCUCAUCAACAUGACUUACUGCCCCAAGACCAAGGUUCUGUGUCUCUGGAGACGCAACGGCCAAGAGACACAGCUCAACAAGUUCUAUACCAAAAAGUGUCGUGAACUCUAUUACUGUGUUAAAGACAGUAUGGAGAGAGCUGCAGCAAGACAGCAAAGCAUUAAACCAGGGCCGGAGCUGGGCGGAGAGUUUCCAGUUCAGGACAUGAAAACCGGCGAAGGUGGACUGCUGCAGGUCACGCUGGAAGGAAUCAACCUUAAAUUCAUGCACAGCCAGGUUUUCAUAGAGCUGAGUCACAUUAAAAAGUGCAAUACAGUGAAGGGGGUCUUUGUCCUGGAGGAAUUUGUUCCUGAAACUAAAGAAGUGGUGAUCCACAAGUACAAGACCCCCAUGGCACAUCAGAUCUGUUACUCGGUCCUCUGCCUUUUCUCCUACGUGGCGGCAGUGAAGGGGAAGGAGGCGGAAGGAAAACCCAAGAUUCUGUCGCCAAGACCCCUUCCAAGCUAGUCUACACUCUGCGCCAUUCCCCUCCACCCUCCCAAAUGUCCUUGAUGUGCCUCUACUUGAAAUGGCAUCUCAGCUCUAAAACCACAGACUUCUGACAAUCCCUAACUUUAUUCUAAGCACACAAUUCCUGCUCCCUCCUCCUGUAUAUACAAGCCUUUGACCCUUUUUAGAUCUUAGUGUAGAAGUGUUUGGUCUGUGAUGUCAUGUAAAUACCUCCGGCCCCCUCAUUGCUGUCGUCCUGAUGAUCAUACCAACUAGCUAAAUGUUCCCCCUCCCCAGCUCUUCUCCUCUGCGUGAAAGUCUUCUAUUGUUCCUGCUGCCAAGACCCAACCGUUUUUACCAGUAGGAGAUGUGAGGGAUGGCCCUGAGGUGCAGAGUGCAUGCAGGUCCCAUGCACAGCCUUGACAUUCACUACAGAAUAGUCCCCCACUCCCCAUCCCACCCUGCCUGUCUCCAUACGACUGUGUGAGUUAUUCUGUGAUAUGUGGUUACUGUAAAGUUCCAGUCUGUCCAAGUUUAAACUGGUGAAAAAAAAACCAAGAGACCCUCUUGUAGUGCAGGACAUCCCAUACUGAAAAUGCUACUGUAUACUGCACCAGAGCACCGCAUGUAAACGCUUCUUAAAGGUGUUUGAACCCUAAAAUAAUGUGAGUGUUCUCAGACGUGUUCUCUUGCCCUAGCUCAGCCUGCCAGGUUGAAUUAUUGUUCUAGUUCUACUGUAAAAUUUCUUGUCUGUGGUCUGCUGUUAUCAAUUGCAUGUUACUAUGAGGAUGAAAAAUAAAUAUUAUAUAUAUUUCUAUAUAUAGUAUUUAUUUAAUAUAUACAUAUAUUGACUGUACAUUUCUCCAAAAAAUGUUACAAAUUGUUGAUUUGCUAGAUGUGCAAUACUUAAUAAGUAGUUAGCCAUUGCCAGGGCCAGGUUUUCUUGAGUUAACUGGCUUUCACAGGGUGAAGAAUGUAAGAAAGAACUUUUUUUUUAUAGUACAUAUUGAUUGAUGUGAAUAUGAUGAUUCAGUGUGACUGUUUAAAGUUUGUCUUUCAAAGGUAAAUCAACUCCAAAUCACACAUAGGAAAAGCCAGCUGCUGUGUUGCUCUCUCUCUGGGUGCAAACUUUGGAAUAUUUUGCACUCAGGCCACAGCCCCAAUCAGUGUCGUCACAGCAGGUGUUUUUAAAGAACUGCAGGUGGCGGAGAUGUCAGAGAAGGUACAGUACCUUUUCCAUUUGAACUUAAAUCACUACAAGGCAACCCAAGUUCAUCUUGGGUCUGAAUUAUUUGUGUCACUGGUGGUGCACUUUUUUUUUUUUCAUUAGAAACAGUUCAUGUUCAUUUGUACGCUGAAGUAAAAGCCAAAUCCACAUAGCUAAAAUUGGUGUCACAUAUGCAAUGUGUGCAACUGCAGAGGGUUGCUGUUGAUGGUCUUUAAAACAGGUCAGCAGAUCCUAUUUUAUGCUGGCAAGUAACUGGUUGUCAGCUGCGCAUUUUAGCUGGAAAUUAUUAAAAAAUUGCUGAAUCCAAAUAUGGACAGGUACAUGCUUGAUUGUUUAUACCAUAGUCUCAGAUAUUGCCCACAGCUGUGGUGCUUGAACUACAAGACUCUCAACAAACCAGUGGCAGAAUGGUUCCAAAGCCUCCACUGCUGGCAGUUAUCGAAAAAAAUUCAGUAUUGAUAGUCAGUUAAAUCAGUGAGUUUAAACUGUUUAGAUUUAUACAUAGAUAUAGAUACAGUCUUUUUUAUCCUACAGGAAAUCAUUUUAAAGACUGAAUAAGAACAGCAGCAACCACUUGUAAUGUGUGCCUACAUCCUACAGUCUCACAUUUUCAUUCUUGAUUCAUCUCUUGGUCAGAAAGUGAUCUUAAAUGCCCAAUUGUAAUUUCCUGUAGUCUAAGCUGACGUGAUUAUAUUGUCUGGCCAACAGUUCAAAACUCAAAAACGGUCGAUAUACUGGCAUAAAAACAAAAAAAACCCAGCAAAUAAUUGCAUUCUCUAAAGGUCAUUUAACAAUUGACACCUUAUUCUACAACUAAUGCCUGUUUUUACAUCACUGAUUGGGCUGGAACAAAAAAAAACAAACAAACAAACUCUGAACUCACAGCAGCAGUUUUCCGUCCUGUGAUUGGUGAUUUACCGUUCAGACAUGUUGAAGCCUACAGAUGUGUUCAUCUGCUCCAUGAGGAGAACUCCCAAGUCUUAAUGUUGUUUCUGUUCCGUGGUAGUACACAACUGGUGAAUCUGGUCCCAUCGCUGGCCCCGUUAACUUUCACAGCAAGAGUGUGUGCGUGUGUGUGUGCAAGUGUGUUCAUGUGGUGAACGGUUUCUUCAGAUCAGCAAUAUAUCGGUACAGCUAUAUCACUGGAAGAUGUUUUAUUUUGAUUCUGACACGCUUGUAUUUUUAGUAAUUUAACUGCACAAAGGAAAAUAAUUGGUAGGAUGUUCAGACGAUGCUGUUCCAUCUAUGAGUAACAUCACAUGUCAGUGUAAAUAAGACAGAACUCGAUCUGAAGCUUCUUCACAAUUGGUUUGGGAAUGGGACAAAGCUCUUUCUGCUUAAGUUAAAAGGACUUUUUUUGUUUGUUUGUUUAUGUUUUUGUUUUUUAAAACUGGAUUAUUACAACUCAUCUCUUGUCAUUGUAGUAGCCAGCUGCUGUAACGAGAAGAAAGAAAUGAGAUGUCAGGUGUAAGUACUCCAGUAUUUGAAAAAGUAUUUAUAGAAUAUGUACAGCUUUGGCAAUAUAAUAAAGUUGUCCCAAAUGAA